AUGGCCUCCGGUGGGUAUAACCCAUAUAUAGAAAUAAUUGAACAACCCAGGCAGAGGGGCAUGCGAUUUAGAUACAAAUGUGAAGGGCGAUCAGCAGGCAGCAUUCCAGGGGAGCACAGCACAGACAACAACCGAACAUAUCCGUCCAUCCAGGUAAUAGACCUUCUCCUGUAUACCUAUGGCAAUAAAGCAAAGAAACAAAGAACGACUCUACUAUUCCAGAAACUGUGGCAGGAUUGUGGAGUUAAUUUUCUUGAAAGACCAAGCCUAGGAUCAACUGCAGAAGGACGUUUCAUCAAAAAGGAACCAAACGUGUUUUCUCGUGGUGCAGUUGCGACAGAAACACCCAGGCCCCCAAGUCAAGCAGAACCCUACUAUUCCCCACCUGUGUCCAUCUCCAGGGUAUUACCACAUCAAGGCUCAUCCAUCUCCAUGAUGCAUUCACCUUCUUCAAGCUGGUCAUCAGUGACUCACCCUAACUCACACUCAGUCAAUACAAAUCCACCAAAUGGCUUUUCAACAGGAACACUUUCCUCUAAUUUGCAAGGUCUCACAACAUUCCUGGGAAUGCCUGAUGCGAGUGAUUUAAAUGCUUUUAAUGCUUGCAUUUAUAAUAGUACUAAUGACAUAGGCAGAAUGGAAGCAUCGUCUAUGUCACCAGCUGACUUACAUGGUAUUUCUGAUGCCAGCAUGCUGUCUAAUUGCCCCGUGGAUAUGAUAACGUCUUGUAAUGAGAGGGAGACUGAUAAUUCAAGGCUCGGAAGCAUGAAUCUUGACAGCCACUCCUGUAAUUCCGUUUUGGACUUGAGACAGCAGCUCCAUCAGAUGUCCUCUUCCAGUAUGUCAGCAGGCUCCAGUUCCAAUACCACAGUUUUUGUUUCACAGUCAGAUGCAUUUGAGGGAUCAAACUUCAGUUGUGCUGAUAGCAGCAUGAUAAAUGAGUCAGGACCACCAAAUACUACAAAUCCAAGCAGUCAUAGCUUUGUUCAAAGUAGUCAGUAUCCAGGUGUUAGCACCUUGCAGAAUGAGCAAUUCGGUGAUGGCUGUGCAUAUGGAUAUUUUCAAGUAUAG